UAUUAUUUUAAACUCGGCAUCCAUGGAUUGGUCGAAAGUCGCAAUGGAUUGGUCAAAAGUCGCAAUGGAUUGGUCGAAAGUCGCAAUUGAUUGGUCAGAGAUGAUACCAGUUGAAGGGGCGUCUUGCUGCCUUGUUUCGGCACUCUUUUAUGCUGCAGUAGUAAUCUUGGAAGGGUUUGAUUAAUUACUUUCUUGGUUUAUGUUUUUUUUUUUUUUUUUUUUUUUUAUUUCUCUUGUUCCAGGCAUGCUGAGGAUUUGGAAUCUGCAACUAGGGUUAGUAAGUUGAAGGAUUUGGGUAAGUCGGGAAAAUUAUAGUUUUGGUCCUCUAUGUUGGCCUAUUUAGGAGUUUAGUCCUCUAACUUGUCAUGUUUCAGUUUUACACUGCAAUAACUUUGCAAAUAUAGUAUUUUUAGUCCUAUUUUGCAUGAUUUUUUUUAUUUUAUGACGCGACAAAUAAACUUGACACAUUUUACAUAUAUGGACGCUUGAAAAUUUAUAGACUCGACAUCUAACUUACUGAUGGUAGAACUUUAUUAAUCAUGUGAGACUACACAUUUAUAAACCAAAUUAGAGGAGCAUUUAUAAUUUUUUAGUGUCCAUAUAAAUAUAUUUCUACGAGUUUGUUAUGUACAUCAUUAAACGACAGCUAAAAUUUAAAGUUUGAGUGAAAUAGGACUAAAAAUACUAAUUUUGCAUAGUAAUUGCAUGUAAAAUUGAAUAAGACAACUUAUAGGACCAAAUCUCUAACGAGACCAACAUACAGGGCCAAAAUUACAAUUUUCCCUAUUUAGAACCUAUCUCAAUCUCAGUAACUAGGGUUUGGAAUCUGUAACUUGAAUUAAUCCAUUGUUAUAUAUAGCUCAAUUAUGCAGUGCUGCAAGCGCAGUGGUUCCUUUGGUGGUGGCGGUUACUGGGUUGGUUUCUUCAGAUACCCCAAUCAAAUGUGCGUACAGCGGUUUAAAGGGCGUCAUCGUCGAGAAUAAGGUAAAAAAUGACCGACUAAUCAAGUUUUCUCUGAAAUUUUUAUUGUACAUUUUCAUCCAAUUUUGAAUCCUUAAGUUAGGAAGAGACUCAUAUCUUGAGACGCAAUUUCCGUGGAGUAUGGAAAAAGGAAUCAAUUCGUCCGUCUUCUGUGAGGAAUGAAGUUCCUUGGUAUCUGGUAGGAAUGAAUCGGGCUUUCUCUUGCUAUAAAGCAUACAUAUGUUGUUGUCCUAAAUUUUCAUCACCAUUAGAGUUUAAUUCGGUUACAAUGUGUUAAUAAUUAGUUCGAUUGACACACCAGGAUGACGGUACCGGUCGUGCAAGUGUUCUUGGUGUCCUUUCGGCAAUUGAAUUACCAAUGGCUAGUUUGCCAAUGGCAUUAGGAGGUGAAGUGUUUGAGAGGUCAAUACAAUCCUCAAUUCACGAGAAAAUUGAAUUAGACAACGGUGUUAAGACUUUAGGAGUACAGAAGAUGGAACAUGUUCUCCCAGUCGGUACAUGCUUGACGGUUAUCGGUGAGGUGAUUAGGGAUGAAGCAGGAAAUUUUGUUAUUCAGAAACCAUGCAGAGGAUUCCCAUUUUUCGUCUCCUACAGAUCAGUCAGCGAGAUUAUUCAUUGUUAUCGGGAUGCGUCGAGGUUUAAUUUUUAUCCUUGUAUUUAUGUUAUAUGUAAAUUAAAAGGACCUAUUUCAAGUGUCUUUGAUGUGUAUUUUUGUUUUCCUUCAGCCUUUGCAUGUAUGCCUCUGCGGCUUUCGGUCUUAUUGGGGUGGUUCUCAUUGCUAAGCAUGCAUUCAACUACAAGAAAAUACAAAAGAGGUAAACUUUAUUCGUCAUUUCUUACAUGUGUAUAUAAACGUAUACGUACGUAAAUAGUGCCUUAUUUAUUGCGGUUCGAUUUAACCUCGUGACAGGGAAGCCGAAUAUAAACGUAGGCUUCUUGAUGCUGCUGCUGAGAAACAAG